AUGAUCCUACCAUACCGUGCCCUUGUACGAGCGCCCUUCGCCUGGCUUCUCAUCGCGUACAGACUUGCAAGCAUUAAUGCGUACACCUUAGGCUCUUGCAACUCCGGCUUACACUGCGAUGACGAGUCCCAUGCAAUCUCGAACGACAACAAUGCCACCACAGUCAACAUUUCCGGAUUCUGUGGGUCGUUCAAGACGGCCGUAGGCGAUGGCUACAUGUGCAUCAACCGCGACUGCUACUGCAACACCGGUCUGCACUGCGACGACGAAUACUACGCAAUCCAGAUCAACGGAAACGUUUCCCAAACGGCCGCCUCCGUUAUCAUCCCCGGGUUCUGUGGUAGCUUCAAGUCCGAGAUCAGUUACGGCUACAUGUGCAUCUUUCGCAACUGCACAGACUGUACGCUCUUCCAAGCCAAGGGGGCUUGCGUGGAGGCUGGGUUGGGCAAGACGUUUAGGAGUUGGUGUAGGAAGAAGGCGUGA